AUUUUCCCCUUUUCAACUCCAAGGAGAUCACCGAGAUAAAAUGCCAUCAACUCAGAAGCAACGCAACGAAUCAGCCUUGUCAGCAGUCAACGUUCUAUACUUUCUGAUAGCUUUCCGCAUCUGUAACGCUCUCCUCAUUCGCACUUUCUUCCAACCGGAUGAAUAUUUCCAGUCACUGGAGCCUGCUUGGGAUAUAGCCUUUAAACCAUCGAGUGGUGCUUGGAUAACAUGGGAAUGGCGGGAGCGACUUAGAUCUUCUCUGCAUCCUUUCCUUUUCGCAGGCGUCUAUCAAGCAACAUCAUUUCUCGCUGAAUCCCUACAUCUGGAAACCACGACCAGAGCCGAGCUGUUGCUAGCAGCGCCUAAAGUGCUGCAAGGAUGUUUCGCUGCAUUGACCGAUUUCUUCAUCUGGAAGCUGGCUGAGAAGGCUUAUGGCAGAAACUCCCAGGCCUCACACGCUGCGCUAUUCUUGACGGUGUUCAGUCCAUGGCAAUGGUUUUGCUCGACAAGAACACUUUCGAACUCUGUCGAGACCACCUUGACUACCAUUGCUCUUUGGCUUUGGCCUUUGCGGAAUGAUCCAAAGCAACCGGGCUCCAAUGCUAGAAGUCUUCGAGCCGCUCUGGCCUUGGCUGCUAUAGCCACAAUCUUGAGACCAACGAAUGCGAUCAUCUGGAUCGUUAUGGCUCUGUAUACUGCGGCACCUGGUGCGGACAUCAACACAACACGAGCAUUCUGGACUUUGGCUGUUGAAUGUCGUGAGGCGCUCAUAUCAGGUCUCAUGGUAGUUGGUGUUUCGCUUGUCUCCGACCGUUCCUAUUAUGGAGAGUGGACCUUUCCUCCUCUCCGCUUUAUUCACUUCAACGUCGUUCAAUCUCUCGCCGUAUUUUACGGUAGAAACAGACCCGACUACUACCUAACCGAAGGACUUCCGUUGCUCUUAACCACAUCAUUACCUUUCGCUGCCUGGGGAUGUUGGCAAGCACUCUCUAGCAGGAUACCUUCGGCGGACGGCCAGAAACUCACACGACCUUUGGCAAUAUCUGUCAUUGUGUUCAUCGCCAUCAUGAGUCUUAUCGCCCACAAAGAAGUCAGAUUCAUCUUCCCUCUUCUACCAGGUCUUCUUGUACUAGCGGCAGGCCCGUUCUCCCAGUUCUUCUCGCCACUACUACGACCCAGAACUAUGGUUAAAAAAGGUCUUCUCAUUCUCUUCGUCACUGUUAACGUGGUAUUUGCUUUCUACAUCAGUCAAGUUCAUCAGCGAGGUGUGGUUGAUGUUCUGCAUCAUCUCCGACAUGAGCAUGAAAACAGAGGAACUUCGACUACCACAGUCAUGUUCAUGAUGCCCUGCCACAGCACACCAUGGAGAAGUCAUCUCAUCCACCCCGCCAUCGAUGCCCGAGCAUUGACCUGCGAGCCCCCUCUCGAUAUCCCCAUCGAAGCAAGAGCUUCCUAUAUGGACGAAGCAGAUCAGUUUUAUGCGGACCCAGUCGUAUGGAUGCGCAAGCACAUGGAGGAUGUAACUGCUCUUGCAGAGAGAAGAUCGAGUGGGAACAUCAACAUACACCAGGACAAGGCACAGUGGCCCGAGUAUCUGGUCUUUUUUGAACAGUUGGAACCUACCAUGACUGAUUUCUUGGCAAAGACAUCGUACAAAGAGUGUUGGAGGGGCUUCAACACGCAUUGGCAUGAUGACUCGAGACGGCACGGAGACGUGAUAAUCUGGUGUCUGAGUGAAAGCGCAUAG